AUGCCCAACAUACCAAAACAGAACGCAAGUCACGAUCCACCCGAAGAUCCCUUUGGUUCCGUCGUUGAUACCGGCACAUGCGGCCCUGUCGAGCUGGAAAACCACACACUCUAUUUCAGUACCGAAAACAACCAGAAUGAAUUUCUCUUAGAUGCCGUGGAAUCUGCAGCGUCGCACGACAGUGAUACAAAGCAUAUCUUUGGAGCUGAGGCAGCUAUUUUCAUGCCAACGGAAAAAGAGAAAGAAAUCCUAAUGGCACCUUACACCCUUGUCACCUACCCUCCAAAACGCGGACAUGGACAAGGAGAAAGGAAACAAGAUCAAGUCGCCCAUAGUAAUACCCAGUAUCUUCCAGACUCUCACCGCGACAUGUGGCUGGCGUGCAGCUGCGACGAUGUAGAACCUCCGGCUAGCUCUAGCGGUGAGGGCAAUGAGGAUAGUAACAUGAGCUCAACGUCCAGCCACACGCUAGGCCGGUCAGAUAGGUCGAGCUCUACACUAGCAGCUGAGGAAGAGGAUCCUCCGUAUGAGGAAAUGGUUGGUUGUGAUGAGGACAAGAUAAACCUGGAUAGCGCUGAACGUGACAGCGAUAGCGGGUAUGAAGGUAAUGAUGAGAGUGAAGAAAGUGGAAGUGAGAUGUCUAGUCAUACGUUGGGACAGUCGGAGGGCUCUAGUCGUACGUUAGGACGAAGCGAGGAUGGGGAUAGCGAGACAGAUAAGGAUGAUGAUGAAGACGAAGAGAUGCAGGAUGAGGAAGAAGGCGAUCUGUUUGCGCAGAGCUACAGGGAAGGUAGCAGGAAGUGA